AUGGGCCGUCUUACUACCAUUGCGGCGCUUAGUUCUUUAUUCGUCUUGGGAAGCAAUGCCCAAGGAGACAUCUGCGAGAACGUAAAGGGCUUCUACAACUAUGAUGCCUAUGGCGACUUCGACUUUACUGGCUUCUUCUCGAACGCGGAUAACAUUGGUCGUAAGCCAUCCUGUUUCGAAGCCCACUCAAUCCCAGACAUACUCACCCAUACGUCUCUAUAGCAUGCGAAUGCGGACCCUGGAAGUACUCCCAAAAAAUCAUAAACAAUGGAUCCGCCGCAGUGCAGAACUACUACCUCGACACGCAGGGCGCGACAAGCGGCACCGAGACCAACGCCGCCACGGGCGUGUGUACAGAAGGCCUUCGUGUGUUCGAGGACAACACUUAUUACUUUUCUAAAGAAGUGCUGCAGCGCAGCCUCGGCGACGAGGGCGACUGCAAAGUCAUGCUCGGCGAGCAGUGCGCUGACGCGCUGAAGU